AUGAAAAGCUCCGACCUAGUCAGCAGGUACACACAAACCCUCCACCAAAAAGUCUACGACUACUCCCGCCAAGGCAAGCCCGUCCUCACGCUCGGAGGAAACCACUCGAUAGCAAUCGGAACUCUCACGGGCGUCGCCAGGGCUAUUCGGGAACGCGUGAAUGGAAAGGGGACAGCGGUUGUGUAUGUUGAUGCGCAUGCGGACAUUAAGGCAUUUGAUAUGCAUGAGGUUAGAAAAAUGGGUAUCCAAAAAAUUAUGGACAUGGUCCUCGAAUAUAUCGGUGACAACACACCAAUCCAUCUAUCCUACGAUAUCGACUCUCUCGAUCCGAAAUGGGCGCCCAGCACCAUUUCCCGGUUGACGGGGGGUUGGAUUUGGCUGAGGGGACUUACAUUGCGCGUCGCAUUCAUGAAAAUGGUAGUCUUGUUGCUAUGGAUUUGGUUGAGGUUAAUCCGGGCGUUGAGACGGGGGCUUCGGGGCUGA